ACUGCUAUCAGGGCUGUCUGCAUCCCAGCUGAUGUACUAAAAUCUCGUCUACAAACUGCUCCAGAAGGCAAAUACCCUGACGGAAUACGAGGGGUGUUCAAAGAAGUUAUGCGGGAAGAAGGACCGCGUGCUUUAUUCAAGGGUUUCGUACCUGUAAUGCUGCGUGCGUUCCCAGCUAAUGCGGCCUGCUUCUUCGGUCUGGAGUUGACCUUAGCGCUAUUCCGAUACCUUGGAAUAGGUCAUAAACAUCCUGAAAUUGAAGCUCUUGAGCUAGUUCAGUAA